AUAAACUGGAGUCGUGUGUUGCCACAUUGGUCGGUUGAUUCCUUCUACUAUAAAUAAGAACCAGACGAGUCUGAAACUCCACAGUUUGAUUGAUCAGAGGAGCAGAUCAUCCUCUCGCGCCAAUCUAAUUCAAGCAAUAACCUUCUCUUUCUUUCUUUCUUUUUUCUUCCUUCCUAUCUCUAUUUCUGUUUCGCCUCUGCCAACCAGCCCACACACAAAGCAGCUCGAUUUCAGCAAUUCGUAAUUCGAAUGAAGAAACCCAGAAUCGUUUGAACAAUCCAGUGCAGAGCUGCUAGUCAACAUGGGCUAUGAAUUUGGUAGCAGUUCCCAGGAUGGCCGUGAUGAAGAUGAUGAAGAGGAAUAUGAAGAGGCUGGUGGUGGUAACAAAUUCCUGGGAUUUAUGUUUGGAAAUGUGGAUAACUCUGGCGAUCUUGAUGCUGACUAUCUUGAUGAGGAUGCAAAGGAGCAUCUUGCUGCACUGGCCGAUAAGUUGGGUCAUUCUCUGACAGAAAUAGACAUGUCUGUGAAAUCACCACAAACAUCAGUGGAUGCUGCUGAACAAGAUUAUGACGAGAAAGCUGAGAAUGCGGUUGAUUAUGAAGAUAUUGAGGAGGAAUACGAUGGGCCAGAGAUUCAGGCUGCAAGUGAGGAAGACUUUUUGUUGCCGAAAAAGGAGUAUUUUGGUUCUGUAGUUUCUCAAGCUACUUUGAAGCCUACAAUUUCUGUAUUUGAUGAUGAAAAUUAUGACGACGAUGAGGAAUUUGAAAAGGAUGCUGAAGUUAUGGAUGAAAAGGUUCAAGUCCAAACAACCUCUUCAUCAGAUGAGCAGGGUGAGCAUCUUGAAGUACUUUCAAAAGGAGAAGUCUUUCCCAAUAAUGAUGUAAAUCUUGGCUUGCUUGAUAAUGAGGUUAUGGCAGUCGUUUUGGAAGAUUUUGAAGAUGUUCAUAAGGAAGUAGAUGAUGCUUCAGAAGGACCAUUAGAUGGAAAAUGUUCUACGCCAUUGCCUAUUUUGUGUGUAGAAGAUGGGAUGGUGAUUUUACGAUUCUCUGAAAUAUUUGGUAUUCAUCAGCCUUUGAAGAAAGGGGAGAAAAGUGACCAUAAGCAUUUCUUCUAUAGAGAGAAGUAUCAGUCUAUGGAUAUCUCGGACAUUGCUGAAGAGGAUGAAGAGGCAUGUCUGAAGGCCUUUGGUCAAGGAAUUUCCUUGAUAAAACAGGCGCAUCUAAUUCAACACUAUACAACAGAAAAUGAUGAUGGCUCAGAAGAAGCUAAAUUUGGUGCUCUACGAGGAGCGGCCCCAAAGUCUGUACAAGGUGAUGAGCGACGAAAGAACUCUUAUAUCUGUGCGGAGCCAAUGAAAGAGGAUUUAACAUUUACAUUUUAUGGCGGAUGGCAGUCACCGUCAUGCCCUAGAUUCUAUCCUCUUGAUCAGGAGGAUUGGGAAGAUAGGAUUGUGUGGGAUGAUUCCUCUUCGUCAACUGAAAAUUGUGUAAGCAGUUGUGAUAUCCCUGGAGCAGAAUCAGAAGGUUAUUUUUCUAGAGGAACUGAACGAAGUACUGGGGCAGAAAAUUUUCUUGCUAAGCUCUCUAUGGAUGCUGAUCAGGAAGAUCGUAGCCUUUGUCUGCAUACUACUCCUCUGUUACUGGAGUCCUUUGGCUCCAACAAUUCUUCUGUAGUAACAAACCUUCCACUCUCUGAAAGAGGAUGCCAUCCGCAGCUUUUGAGAUUAGAAUCUCGGUUGGAUUCAAGUAAUUUUGAUGAUGUCAAUGACCAAAGGGCUGCUGCUGCUGAAGAGCUUCACAAUGAUGCUUUAAGAUUUUCUAGAAAACUUACAUUGCAAAACACGGAUAUGAUGGAUGGAUCUUGGGUGAAUGAUAUAAUAUGGGAGCCGCAUGAAGUUAAAGUCAAGCCUAAAUUAAUUCUUGAUCUUCAGGAUGAGCAGAUGCUUUUUGAAAUUUUGGAUAACAACGAUAGUAAACAUCUUCAGCUCCAUGCAGGCGCAAUGAUCCUAGCUCAAUCCAUGAGACCCAGCCGUUCGAAAUCUCCUGGGCUACAGGGUCUUGGAUACUCAUCUGGCUGGCAGUUCAAUAUUGCUAAUGACAGGUUUUAUAAAAACAGGAAGAUUCCACAGCAGCUACAGUCUAAUGCCAACAAGCGGAUUGUUCAUGGUAUCAAAGUCUAUCAUUCAGCACCGGCAAUUAAGCUGCAGACAAUGAAACUGAAGUUGAGCAAUAAAGAUUUGGCAUACUUUCACCGGCCAAAAGCCUUAUGGUAUCCUCAUGACAAGGAGGUGGCUGUCAAAGAACAAGGCAAGUUGCCAACACAGGGACCUAUGAAAAUCAUACUAAAGAGCUUAGGAGGCAAAGGAAGCAAACUUCAUGUGGAUGCUGAGGAAACAAUGUCUUCUGUUAAAGCUAAGGCUUCAAAAAAGCUAGAUUUCAAGCCAUCAGAAUCAGUGAAAACAUUUUAUUUAGGAAAAGAGCUUGAGGACAAUAAAUCUCUUGUUGGUCAAAAUGUUCAACCAAACUCUUUGCUUCAUCUUGUGCGCACAAGAAUACAUUUGCUUCCAAGGGCACAGAAGACUCCAGCUUCAAAUAAGUCUUUGCGUCCUCCGGGGGCAUUUAAGAAGAAGUCUGACCUUUCUGUAAAAGAUGGUCACGUCUUCCUGAUGGAGUAUUGUGAGGAAAGACCUUUACUGUUGAGCAAUGCUGGAAUGGGUGCGAAUUUGUGUACUUAUUAUCAAAAAUCUGGUCCAAGUGAUCAAAGUGGCACCUUCUUGCACAAUGGAAAUAGCAGCCUGGGAAAUAUUUUGUCAUUAGAGCCUGCAGACAAGUCCCCAUUUCUUGGAGAUAUAAAAGCUGGUUGCAGUCAAUCAUCUAUUGAAACAAACAUGUAUAAAGCACCAAUUUUCCCCCACAAGGUGCCUGCGACUGACUUUUUGUUGGUUCGAUCGGCAAAGGGAAAGCUUUCAAUAAGACGGAUCGAUAGGAUUGCAGUAGUUGGACAACAGGAGCCCCUCAUGGAGGUUAUGUCUCCCGGAACGAAGGGUGUUCAAACAUACAUGACAAACAGGUUGUUGGUUUAUGUCUAUCGUGAAUUUCGUGCUGCUGAAAAGCGUGGCUUGCUUCCUUGCAUUCGUACCGAUGAGUUGUCUGUACAAUUUCCUAAUUUGUCCGAUGCCAUUUUGCGGAAGAAGCUGAAGGAAUGUGCCAUUUUGCGGAGGGAUACAAAUGGGAAGUUUUUUUGGUCGAAGAAGCGAGAUUUCCACAUCCCGUCAGAGGAGGAGCUGAAGAAGUUGGUGUCACCAGAAAAUGUGUGUGCCUACGAGAGUAUGCAAGCCGGUUUGUAUCGGCUAAAACAUUUGGGAAUUACCAGGCUAACAAAUACUGCUGGUAUUUCAUCUGCAAUGAGUCAACUUCCUGAUGAAGCAAUAGCUCUGGCUGCUGCAUCACACAUCGAGAGGGAACUACAGAUUACUCCAUGGAGUCUAAGCAGCAAUUUCGUCGCCUGUACAAACCAGGACAGAGAAAAUCUUGAGCGUCUUGAAAUUAGUGGUGUUGGUGACCCCUCUGGCCGGGGCCUAGGAUUCAGCUAUGUUCGUACUGCUCCAAAGGCACCAAUGUCAAAUGCAAUGACGAAAAAAAAGGCAGCUGCUGGACGAGGAGGUUCCACUGUUACCGGAACAGAUGCUGAUCUCCGUAGAUUGAGCAUGGAGGCUGCACGAGAGGUUCUUCUGAAAUUCAACGUCCCUGAUGAACAUAUCGAGAAACUGACUAGGUGGCAUCGCAUUGCUAUGAUACGCAGACUUUCAAGUGAACAAGCUGCGGCAGGGGUCAGGGUUGAUCCAACAACUAUUAGCAAGUACGCACGUGGGCAAAGGAUGUCCUUUCUUCAGCUGCAGCAACAGACUCGAGAAAAGUGUCAAGAGGUUUGGGACCGACAAAUUCAAUCCCUUUCAGCCAUCGAUGGUGAUGAUAAUGAAAGUGAAUCUGAAGCCAAUAGUGAUCUAGAUUCCUUUGCUGGGGACCUUGAAAACUUACUUGAUGCAGAAGAAUAUGAAGAAGGGGAAGAGGGUAACAAUGAAUCCAAACAUGAAAAAUUAGAUGGUGUUAAGGGACUGAAAAUGAGAAGGCGUCCAUUCCAAGCUCAGGUGGAAGAGGAAAUUGAAGAUGAAGCAGCUGAAGCAGCUGAGUUGUUUUGGUUGCUCAUGGAUGAUGACGAUGUUGAUCAGAAGAAGAAGAAAAAAAAACGAGUUGUAGGAGACAAAGCAGGAUCUGCACCUGGUAAAAAACCCAGUGGUGGUUUUGACAUUGCACAGCGGAGCAAGAAAAACAAUCCAAUGGCGAAGCAAAUCAGUAGUACUGCACAUCCUAAUGGAUCCUUUGCGGGAGAACUGAACAUCAAUAGUGAUUCAGAGGCAGAAAAUUUCUCUGUCAAAAGAAACAUGUUUGAAAAGGUGAAAGCAAUUAAGAAGAAUGAUGCUUCACUACCAGGCCAAAUCAGAGCAAAAGUCAAAAUUUUGGGGGAUGGGAGUAAGAUGUUCAAGGAGAAGAAAUCAUCGAGGGAGAGUUUUUUUUGUGGAGCUUGUGGUCAGCUUGGACAUAUGAAGACCAACAAAAACUGCCCCAGGUAUGGAGAAGAUCCUGAAACACAACUAGAUGCUACAGACUUUGAAAAGAGUUCUGCAAAACCCAAUUCUCUGGAUCCCUCGAGUAAGUCCCAGCAGAAAGUUCCGAAGAAAAAGAUCACACCGAAAAGUGUAACGAAAGUUGCUCUGCCCGAAGUUCCUGACGGUGAAAAUAAAAGAGUGAAGACAAAAGUUGUCCCUUUGAAGUUCACAUGUGGAUCCAUGGACAAGCUCUCUGAUACGGUUGCCCCUGGAGGAGCAGAAGGUUACGAUCGACCAGUCAGUUCGGAUGUUGAAACAGGGAGCAAAUCAGUUGCUAAGGUUAAUAAAUUAAUCCUUUCCAACAAAUUAAAACCUGAAGUGGACAAAGUUGAACAGCACAAGCCCUCUAUUGUGAUACGACCUCCAGUGGAUACAGAUAAAGGCCAAGUUGAAUAUCAUAAGCCCUCAAUUGUUAUAAAGCCACCAAUAAAUACCGAUAGAGAUCAGGCUGAAUUGCAUAAGCGUACUAUUGUAAUUCGUCCACCUGCUGAAAAGGACCGAGAACAACCUCACAAGAAAAUCAUAAUCAAACGCCCAAAAGAGAUUAUUGAUCUGGACCAGGUUGGCCAGGAUGGGAGCUCUGGUCUUGAGUACAGGAAAACUAAAAGAAUAGUUGAACUGUCAAGUUUCGAUAAGCGUGGAAAGCAGGAGAGCAUCCAUUUAACUGAUGAGUUGGCAAAGAGAAAAGCUAGAGAGGAGAAAAGAUUGUGGGAAGAGGAAGAAAAGAGGAGAAAUGCAGAGAUAAUGAAUGAAGAGAGAGCAAGGCGGCUCUAUGAGAAAGAAAUGAGGAUGCUAAAUGAACAAGAAGGGCUAUUUGAAUUGAAAAGAUACGAAGAAGCCAUCAGAAAAGAGAGAGAGGAGGAAGAACGUCAGAAAGCUAAGAAAAAGAAAAAGAGAAGGCCCGAAAUUAGUGAUGAGUAUUUGGAGGACUAUGGGGCAAGAAGAAAUUAUAGAAGGGUGUCAGAAAGAGACCGGAGCACAAAAAGGAGGCCUGUUGGUGCAUCGGGAAGGUAUGGCGUAGAAUAUGCCCCACCAACAAAGCGACAUAGAGGGGGAGAGGUUGGUUUGGCAAACAUCUUGGAGCUCAUUGUAGAAGCUCUGAAGGGUAGGUUGGAUGUAUCGUAUUUAUUCUUAAAACCUGUAUCGAAGAAGGAGGCUCCCGAUUACCUGGACAUUAUAGAUCGCCCCAUGGAUUUGGCAACGAUAAAGGAAAAGGUCAGAAGAAUGGAAUACAAAAGCGUGGGGGAUUUUAGACAUGAUGUGUCUCAAAUAACAUACAAUGCCCAUAAAUACAAUGAUGGGCGGAACCCUGGUAUUCCUCCCCUUGCAGAUCAGCUUUUGGAACUCUGUGACGGCUUGUUGGAAGAGCAUCAUGAGGGCUUGCUUGAAGCCGAAGCCAGUAUUAGGGAUCGAUAAGGAGGGAUUACCACGGGAAUAAUCAUAAGCCCAAAUUUGCUGGAGCAAAUUCUUCAUUUCCUUGCUUCAAGGUUGUAACAAUGUAUUGAUGGCUUUAUUUAGCUAUGCUCUUAGCAAAUUGAUUUGAAAAGGGAAAAAAAAAUUGAUUUGCAUUCCACUCUAGCCCUCACCUCUCUGUGUGCGUCUCUGUGCGCACUUUUUUCAUAAAAAAUUGAAGCUCUGUGCAUGGGAGAUUUCGUUUAAUGGACAUCCGACGUAAUUUAUCCGGUUUGAAAAUUGGAGAUGGGUGGAGGAUUGGUUUUUUUUACUGUAAAUUAAGUAGCAGAAAUUUUGAUUUGCAACUUGAGAAUGACUCAUGUUUUCGACUCAAAACACACAGGAUGUGAUGGAAAUAUUUUCCUAGAAGCGUUCUGCAUUGAUUUUCUUGAAGCUUUGUCUGUUUCAGUUGUAAAUUAAUAGUGGGAGUAUUCUCAGGAUAUUUGUGACCCGAACUUCCCAAUUUGUGAAGCAUUCUUAAUACAUCCUGUAGCUCUUUCUUUUGUUAA